AUUCGUAUUAGUAUAAGGGAGCCAGUGAUAAAAUGUAAUACCCAUGCAUUUGCCUGGGCGUGCCAAUACAAUAUCAAUGUAACCAAUUUAUUGAAAAUGAAAACGUCAACCCUUUAUUAGUUACAUAUAGUACAGGCUACGCAGUACCAUUUCAGGAGUGCCUGCUUGCCAGCCCUCACGUUAAUUUCCGGGGAGUCUCCCGGUGUGGGAGGGGGAAGCUUUAAUAAGUUUCCGCUCUUGUAGUUCGCUAAUACGUAGAAAGGAGGAGUAGAGGAAUCUUCGGUGAUGUCUGUCUUGCUUAGUAGGAUCUGUCUGUCUGUGAGGCCCCUGUAUGGGCUGCGGAACAGUUGCACUGCUGCCUACCGGGGGUACAACACCAACCGGGUUCACUCUUCUGCACGGUCUGUGGCCCGUGGGUUUUCCAGUGUUCCAUCACAGACAAUCAAAUAUGAAGAACUAAAAGACUUGUUAAAGGAAGAAGGUGUUGUUAUCAUAGAUGUGCGAGAGCCAUGGGAAGUGAAAGAAUAUGGUGUUAUCAAGGGGUCUUUAAGCAUUCCAAUGGGAGAUUUGGCUUCAGCACUGCAGUUGGAUCCUCUGACAUUCGAAAAAAAAUAUCAAGUGAAAAUGCCAGAGAAAACCAGCACUUUAAUUUUCUCCUGUCUUGCUGGAAUUAGAAGCAAGAAAGCUGUUGAUGUUGCAGGAUCACUAGGUUUCAAGAGAGUACAUCAUUACGCAGGAGGAUUUGAGGACUGGGCAAGACAUGAAACUCCAGAAAAAAAGCUUUGAUACAGUUUUCUUUCUACACACAGUGUUUUGCUGAAUGUUGGCUUUCUUGACUAGAACUUUUUCAUAGGCUUUUUCAAAGGAGAAGCUGUCUUUAUAGAUAGACAUGCACUGACUAAAAGGGAGGAAAUUGUUAUAUAUCUUUAUAUUGUAUAUGAGACUUUGUGAUUAAACUUUUUUUUCUCAA